GCUGCUGCUCUUUCCAUCUGCUUGCUCUCGUUGCUCUCUAUCCAACUCUGCAUCUUCCCUUUCUCUCCCCCUCGUCCAACUCCGCCCGAUCUGUUGGCUUUGCGUCUAGAGAUGGCAUUCGAGAAGAUCAAGGUCGCCAACCCUAUCGUCGAGAUGGACGGGGACGAAAUGACCCGAGUCUUUUGGAAAUCAAUUAAAGAAAAGCUCAUUUUUCCAUUCUUGGACCUGGAUAUCAAAUAUUUUGAUUUGGGCUUACCUCACCGUGAUGCCACAGAUGAUAAAGUCACAAUAGAGAGUGCAGAAGCCAGUCUUAAAUACAACGUAGCAAUCAAAUGUGCAACUAUUACUCCAGAUGAAGCUCGGGUUAAGGAGUUCAACCUGAAAUCAAUGUGGAAAAGCCCUAAUGGGACAAUCAGGAAUAUUUUGAAUGGAACUGUAUUUAGAGAGCCAAUUAUUUGCAAAAACAUUCCGCGUCUUGUUCCAGGAUGGACAAAACCAAUUUGCAUUGGAAGGCAUGCCUUCGGUGAUCAAUACCGAGCAACUGACGCAGUAAUCAAAGGACCUGGCAAGCUCAAAUUAGUUUUUGAAGGAAAAGAAGAGGAAGUUGAACUUGAGGUGUUCAACUUCACUGGAGCAGGUGGAGUUGCCAUAUCGAUGUACAAUACGGAUGAGUCAAUUCACUCCUUUGCUGAAGCUUCCAUGGCUACUGCUUAUCAAAAGAAAUGGCCACUUUAUCUCAGCACUAAGAAUACAAUUUUGAAGAAAUAUGAUGGAAGGUUCAAAGAUAUAUUCCAAGACGUUUACGAAACUCAAUGGAAAUCCAAGUUUGAGGCUGCAGGAAUUUGGUAUGAACACCGUCUCAUUGAUGACAUGGUUGCAUAUGCACUCAAGAGUGAAGGUGGCUAUGUAUGGGCUUGCAAAAACUAUGAUGGAGAUGUGCAGAGUGAUUUCCUAGCUCAAGGUUUUGGUUCUCUUGGUUUGAUGACGUCAGUGCUGGUGUGCCCAGAUGGGAAGACCAUUGAAGCUGAAGCUGCACAUGGAACAGUUACCCGCCAUUACCGUGUUCAUCAGAAAGGUGGUGAAACUAGUACAAACAGUAUAGCCUCUAUCUUUGCCUGGUCAAGAGGGCUUGCCCACAGGGCUAAGUUGGAUGACAAUGCUAGAUUGCUUGAUUUCACCGAGAAGCUGGAAUCUGCUUGCGUCGGAACGGUUGAAUCUGGGAAGAUGACCAAAGAUCUGGCGCUUCUCAUUCACGGAUCCAGUGUCACUAGAGCCCAUUAUCUGAACACUGAAGAGUUCAUCGAUGCUGUGGCAUCUGAGCUGAGAGCUAGGAUUUCUGCAUAAAUCCCUCUGUGCCGAGCCCAAUUAUUCGCUCCGCCAUGCCGUUCCAUUUGCAGGUUCCUGAAUCUGGGGGUUGGGGAAGGUUCGCGACUUGUUUUACCUCAAAUAAAAAUUAUUUUGAAAUUGGGAAGAAAGAUUUUCCAUUCAUCAUUGCUUCUUCAUAGUCUACCGAUUAUUUGAACAUUUGACACUAUAACUUAUCCCCAAUGGUUCAUUGUUUAGAAGUAUGACUUUCUAGCGCCUUUUAGUGGAACUGGAAUUUGUAGUUGUUUCCCAUGAUAUGAUACUUUACUCGUCCAUAUUAUUGACUUUAA